UGGUUUGCAGUUAUAAUUAGCCUAUUAGCUUAUUUUAUAUAACUACGGACAAUUUCACUGUAAACUGAAAUGUCUUGGCAUUUCGUUGAAAGAUGGCUCCAAAAGGUCAACCAGCAUUCCACACUCAUAGGCAAAUUUUGGAUCACUUUUCUGAUCGUAUUCAGGAUAGUCGUGGUUUCAAGCAUCGGUGACAGGGUAUAUUCAGAUGAACAGUCUGAAUUCAAAUGUAAUACUAUGCAGGUCGGGUGUCCUAAUAUUUGCUUCAAUAAAUUUUCUCCAAUAUCACACAUUCGCUUUUGGAGCUUCCAAAUUAUAAUGGUAACCACGCCUUCUAUCGUUUUCAUGGUUUACUCUGCGCACAAAAUAAAAAAGAAAACCGCAAAAGAAAAAACUUCGAGCAACAACUCUCCAGUAUCUCCGGAGAAAACGCAAAAACCAGAAUUGGCGCUCGCAGCUACACAAUGGAAAAACUGCCCAAGCGAUGAAGAUAAUAACAAAAAGAAGAACAGGAGAAGAAAAUCACAGUUUAAUGAAGCAGGACUAAGCGCAGUAGAACAGCCUUCAGUAUCUCGAAGAGCAAAGAAAAAAGAAAUGACAGAGGAAGAAAAAACUGGAUUUUCGCAGCAUUAUGCUUUGUAUACAACAUCAGUUCUUUUGAGGACGUUUGUUGAAGUUUUCUUCAUUUUAUUACAGUACAAACUGUUCGGCUUCCAAAUUCCCGAGCUUUAUAGAUGUAGUGGAUUUCCUUGUCCAAACGACGUCGACUGUUUUGUGUCAAGGCCGAUGGAAAAGACGAUAUUUUUAUGGUUUAUGUUCAUAAUUGCCAUCAUCAGUUUCACCUUGAACGUAGCCGAAAUAUAUUAUCUUUUUUGGCAGUACGGACUACGAAAAACAAGGCAACAAAAGCAACGUAGAAAGUUGAAGGUUUCAAUGAUAGACCAAAUGCAUGAUAUUACGAUACAUGAUGCCGAAAUUGUGGAUGGUGGAAUCGUUGCACCUCGCACUGCACCACCUGACUAUCGAGGUUUAACUGAUGAAGAUUACGAACACGGUGACAUCAUUAGAGAAAUCGAGUUUGUUCGCGAACAACCACCCAUGGCUAUGAGCGUUAGCUUGGACGAUGCCAUGAUCACGGAGCACUUGCAAACUGCAAUCCCAAAUACAAAACUCGUGGCGGCAACCGCCCCUUCACGGUACCGAGUACCCGAAAUAGUCACUUCCGUAACUUCAAUAGACCAACCAUAUGCUAAUUUGAAACCCGAUAAGAAAGUUGGUAGAAUUGGAAAGAAGGGUAACGAUUAUUAUGAUUAUGUAUGAUGAACAAGAAAAAGGAAAUGCAACGAGCCACCGCAGGUUUGUGCAUAGCGCCACCAUGCGACUACAUGUUUCGCCGAAGCCCCUUCCGCGAACCCCAUUUAUAAUAUAAGAUUUCAUUUGAAAUUUAUCGAUGAGAAUAGUCAAUCUAAUAUAAGACAGUAGUCAAAAGAUAACAUCAUAUGCAUUGAACUCCGAAAGAAAUUGGAAUUGCAUUUAUUCGUCCAACAAUAUCACACACAUCUGCUCCGCAUUUAUACAUCAUUCAUCUGAAUUUACAAAUUCUUGUAUGCUAGAAAAUAUAUACGUACCAUUAAAAAUAAUGUUUUAGCCUACUUUAGUAACAAGCAAAAUAUGAAUAUAUUAUUUUAAAAUAUGUUCAACUCAAAGACAUAAUUUGCUAAGUGAUAUGCUAGUUUUAUGAAUCAGACUGAGUUUGUCUGCACUUUUUAUUAAUUUACUUCUUUUUUAAAAUUUUUAAAAUGUAAUUGGUUGACGUCUAUAAUCAAAUGUUUUUGUUUUGUUAAACAUCCCAUAAGCAGAUAGGGUCAAAGAAUGGUGGAAAUAAUUAAGUUUCUAAGUGGCUAUUACCGGCAAAUUGCUACUCUUGCUAUUAGUUGCUUGAGAUUCUAGUAUUAGUGGUCUAUCCACUUUUAUUUGAGGCCUCGCAAACUCCUAAAAUACUAUGUCACGCUUUCUUUAUUGGGUAGAAAAAAUAUAUUCACCAGAAGCUUCGAUAUCGUGAAUCAACUCAUUAAAAGGAUAAUUUCUAAACUACUUAACUAAAUGACACCUCGUUUAUUUCAACUUCACUGUGUAUUAACGUUAUAUUCCUAUUAUGAAGGCAAAUAUUGUUGUUGUUAUCUGCUGUUUUUGUUGAUGAUUAUGUAAUGAUCUUCUCUUCAGUUCCCGUUUUAUUUACAAAGAUUUUCAUUGUUUGUCAUCAGUUUUUAUAUUCGAAUUGUUUUCCGAAUCUAUCUCGCCACACCAACUGGAAAUGUUGACUUCAAUCAAUAUUAUGAUGGCAUAAUACAAUCAGGCUGAAGCAGAAUGAAUUCGACUUGCUAAACUAAAUUUAAAUAACGUAGAAAUAACUUUGUAACCACGAAUUUACCAAAGGAAAUUGUUAACAGUCUUUGCAAAGCAAAAUUUUAUGUUCCAGUUAAGUAACGUAACUGAUUCGUCAGCCAGCGCAGGAAAUAGAUAUUGCAUGAUAUAUUAUUUCACUCUAAUUUAUAAAGUUCCAUAAUAAUUUAUGUAAGUUGAAAUAUGCGCAUACAAUGUUUAUAUUUAAAUUUCGAUUUGUAUCUGUGAAACUGUGAAAGUUUAUAACUCAAUUCACUGCCUUUUCGAAUAAUUUUUAUUCCAGUUUCUCUUCUUACUUUCCAUAACGAAUGAACAGUCGAGUAUUUAAUGCAACCACAAUUGCAUUUAAAGUCGAUCAAACCGUGUCUAUAUAAUGCGCAAUACAGCGCAUUGCAAAAUAUAAAUCAAAUUAUGACACCGAAUGCUGUAAACACACUUCAAUCAUUUAGGAUUCCAUCUCCAGAUAAUUUAUAUUAUCCGAUGAUCGUAUCUUGACGAACUGCUCAACUCCGGGAAAUUGUACAAACUAUAUUAAAAGUUUGUCGAGGUAUCAGUAACCUGAACUAAAACAAAUGUAUAUACUGCAUAUAGGCUAGUUAUAAUUUAUUUUCUUUUUAUUUGAUUUUUAUCACUGUUUUUUUUCUUCACUGGUUGUGACGAAGCAUCAUUAUACUAUAAUGGCUAAAUAUUAAAGAUAGACUUCAA